UAACAAGAUCAGGAGAAACCGGUCUGCUUGGCUCAGACUCCAUUUGAGAGCAGAGCAGAAGGAGGACCAAAAAUCUGGAUCAGGUUGUAGGUCGAGAUGUGCGAGGAUGAAAAGCUUGCUGGCAUCCUGGAUGAUAUAGUUGAUGAUGAAUUUCGUCGCUUCAAAUGGCAUCUAGAGAAAGAGACCUGGAAUGGAAUGGAGCCCAUCAAAACCUCCAAGUUGGAUAGGGCAGAGAGGCACGACGUCGUGGACCUAAUGGUGCAGAAAUACCAGUUUGCUGGAGCUGUAAUGGUUAUGGGGAUUAUUAUGGAAAAGAUCAACAGAAAUGACCUGGUGAAGAAGCUCAGUGACCUGAGUCUUGAAGCUGCAGUAGUUGAAGAUUUUGCUGGUCGGUGUCAACAUGGCCAUAAAGAAUAUCUGAAGAAGACAUUCCAGUGUCUCCGUGAAGGCAUUGCAGAAGCUGGAAAGAAAACCUUUCUAAAUGAUAUCUACACAGAGCUCUACAUCUUGGAUGGAGGAACUGGACAGGUUAAUAAUGAACAUGAGGUCAGACAGAUUGAAACAGCAACCAGCAAACCAGGAAAAACAAUACAACUAGACGACAUCUUUAAACCCGAACCUGAAAAAAACAAACCAAUCAGAACAGUGAUGACAAAGGGAGUGGCUGGCAUUGGGAAAACAGUCUUAACACAGAAGUUCACUCUCGACUGGGCUGCAGACCAAACCAACCAGAACAUCCAGUUCAUAUUCCCAUUCACUUUCAGAGAGCUGAACACAUUGAAAGAGAAAAGGUUCAGCUUGGUGGAACUAAUUCAUAAAUUCUUUAUUAAAACCAAAGAUGUCUGUGGCUUUGAACAGUUCCAGGUUCUGUUCAUCUUUGAUGGCUUGGAUGAGAGUCGACUUCCUCUGGACUUCCACAACACAGAGAUCCUGACUGAUGCUACAGAGUCCAGCUCACUGGAUGUUCUUCUGACAAACCUCAUCAGGGGGAAACUGCUUCCCUCUGCUCUCCUCUGGAUAACCACACGACCUGCAGCAGCCAAUCAGAUCCCUGCUGAGUUUAUUGACAUGGUCAUAGAGGUCAGGGGGUUCACCGACUCACAGAAGGAGGAGUACUUCAGGAAGAAAUUCAGAGAUGACGAGGAGAAGACCAACAAGAUCAUAUCCCACAUCACAGCAUCCCGAAGCCUUCACAUCAUGUGCCACAUCCCAGUCUUCUGCUGGAUCACUGCUGAUGUUCUGGAGGAUGAGUUGAAGAACAAAGAGGGAGGAGAGCUGCCCGUGACCCUGACUGAGAUGUACAUCAAGUUCUUGGUAGUUCAGAUCAAAAUCAAGAAGAAAAAGUAUGACGGAGGAGCUGAGCAAGAUCCAGACGUCAGCAAGAUGGUUCAGUCUCUGGGAAAACUGGCUUUGGAGCAGCUGCUAAAUGGAAACCUCAUCUUCUAUAAAUCAGACCUCCAAGAUUGUGGCAUAGAGAUCAAAGACGCUUCUUUCUCAGGAGUGUUCACUGAGAUCUUUAAAGAGGAGACGGGGAUGGGCAAAACCUCCGUCUACUCCUUUGUUCAUCUGAGCAUCCAGGAGUUUCUGGCUGCCGUCUACAUGCUCCACAGUUUCACCACAAGGAACACAGAGGUAAUGAAGAUGUUCCUGGAAGAAGAUGACCACUCAUCUUUGUAUUACUUCUUGACUUUUUUCAUGACGUCCAAGAAAACAGACCAUGGCUACUCACUGGAUAAGUUCCUGAAGAAAGUCAUGGAGAAAUCCCUCAGCAGUGAAAAUGGCUACCUGGACCUGUUUGUCCGCUUCCUUCAUGGUCUCACUGUGGAGUCCAACCAAAAACACCUAGGAGGCCUGAUGGGUCAGACAGAGAACAGCCCAGAAACGAUCCAGAGAAUCACCGACAAUCUGAAGAAGAUGAACACUGAUGAUAUCUCUCCUGAUAGAAGCAUCAACAUCUUUUACUGUUUGAUGGAGAUGAACAACCUCACAUUUUGUAAGGAGAUUCAACAGCUCCUGGAAUCAGGGAAGAAACUCUCAGAGGUCCAGUGCUCAGCUCUUGCCUACACGCUGCAGAUGUCUGAGGAGGUUCUGGAUGAGUUGGACCCGGAGAAGUACAACACAACAGCAGGUGGACGACUGAGACUUGUUCCAGCUGUGACAAACUGCAGGAAGGCUGUACUUGGUGGCUGUUGGCUCUCGGAGACUGAAUGUGAAGUUGUGGCCUCAGCUCUGCAGUCCAAACGCUUCCAUCUGACUGAACUGGAAAUAAGUCAGAUCUGCAAACUGAAAGACUCUGGAAUGAAGCAUCUGUGUGAGAUCCUGGAGAGUUCAGCCAGCAUAGUGAAGUGUUUGAGGUUGGAGAGCUGCUGUUUGUCAGAGACCAGCUGGUCAUCUCUGUUCUCAGCUCUGAAGUCCAACCCGACCCAUCUGACAGAACUGGACCUGAGUGGCAACACAGACCUGAAAGAUUCUGGAGUGAAAGAGUUCUGUGGUUUCCUACGUACUCCUGUCUGCAUAAUACAAAAACUGAGACUGCAGGACUGCGGGUUGACAGAGAUCAGCUGUGCUUCUCUGGUCUCAGCUCUGAGGUCCAACCCGUCCCAUCUGACAGAACUGAACCUGAGCCUCAACUACGGCCUGAAAGAUGCCGGAGUGAAGGAGCUUUGUGGUUUUCUCCAGACUCCUUUCUGCAAAAUAAAGAUAUUGAGAUUGAGCAGCUGCAGCUUGUCAGAGGUCAGCUGUGCUUCUCUGGCCUCGGCUCUGAAGUCCAACCCGUCCCAUCUGACAGAACUGAACCUGAACUACAACAAACGCCUGAAAGAUGCUGGAGUCAAAGAGCUCUGUGGUUUCCUACAGAGUCCUGACUGCAAAAUACAAAAACUCAGUCUGGUGAACUGCAAGCUGUCAGAGGUCAGCUGUGCUUCUCUGGCCUCGGCUCUGAAGUCCAACCCUUCCCAUCUGAAACGACUGGACUUGCUGUCGAACAAACUGAAGAGGUCAGAUGUUCAGCAGCUGAAGGAUCUCGUAGAGACUGUAAGGGCGUAGUGACCUCGGAGAAAAGAGAGAAGCAUCGCUGUGUCCUGACGAUCCUCCUGAUGACCUGCUUGAAGAGGCAGUUUAAGAGAGAUUCACGAUGAUGAACUUUGAGAUGAAAGAUUUUUAUUUUUUUUAUCCUGUUUAUUUUCUCAUAUCUGUUGUUAAAGUUUCAAAAACGUUCUGAUUAAGGAGACGUGAGUCGACUGAUUCCAUCUCAUCAGAGCAGAUGGUACAGAUCCAGGCUAUGUUCUAACAUCUUAGUUAGUAAUAUUCUUAGUUAUAUACCGCAGUUAUCAAACACGCGAUCGAUUCAAGAAGUGGUUCGCCAAUUUUGCUUGUGAAUCAAAAACAAAUGGCAAAACGCUGCUGUUUCACCUGUCACAUUUUCUUAUUUUAGGAUUUUAUUGCAUGUGCGUUUGCAAUUAAUUUGCGCACCUUUGUGCGAUGCAACCUUAGGGAUGAUUCCUCGAAUGACUCGAGUUCCUCAAUUAUGAAAAUUCCUCGAGGAAAAUGCAUCUGCCUCGAAGCUUUGUGUUUUAUUAUUUAGCGCACCGUGUUCCGGCCGGGUCAUUAUUUGUGUUGGGCAGCGCUCUCACUUCUCCUUAUGAGUUGUUGCUAAGCGUUAGCAGCAUAACGUCAGAUUUUCUGGGUUUUUAUCGUUUUCUGUGGGACCUAUAAGCAUUUUUAAAUGAACUGGCGUGACGGCCUUUCUCCUCCUGUGACUCCAUGUUUCGAGAGACAUGGAUUUUUCCACAGUAUUCUAUUAAUAACAGUGAUCGCUGCAGUACUCAAUUACUAAAAUAUUCCAGUCCUCGGACCCUCUCCUAAGGUUCACACAUCACAUAGUAAUAAUAAAUCAUUAUUUGUCAAAAAAAAAAGUACAAAACAACAUUGAGGAACCUGUAUUCUAAUUUCCUUCUUCUGAUGGUUUCAAAUGUGAAGUGUCAAAUGAGCUGUAAUGUGUUUUUGACUACUGACAAAGCGCUUCAUCUGUGCCCUGCGAACCUGAGCACAGUAAAGGUUUUUAUUUUUAAGUUAUAAAAAAAUAAGUCCCCAAGGUUUGCAACAAGCUUGGGAUCCUCCAUUGUUUGAUAUGAACAGAUUAAGUCUAUAAUCAGAACUGAUGCAUUAGUAUCACAGACAUGUUGUGCUUGUUUAUUCAGUUUAAGGCGUCACGUUGUUUUCACUUGGCCUGUUUUACAUGCGUCGUUCUCUCCAUGUCGCAGUGGAAGCGAAUGAAGCGCCGCGGCGCGUCGGCUCACGAGGAAAACCUCAGUGCUUCAUGAAGCUUCAUCUCGCCAUCACUGCUGAUAUUGUUUCUCUUUGGAUCGAUGAAGAUUGCGUUCAAAAUCAGCUCCACUUUGUGGCUUCAUGAGUUUUGGUCUGAACUUGAUUCAACUGGAAAGUUUCUCUCUGAUUUAUUUUCAGCUUGCAACUAAAACAAGUGGAAUAAAACUCGAUUCAACAGUU